GGGCGAUUCUGCACUUUCUCCUUAAAUUUUUUGCGUUACAAAACAAAUUUUCAAACAUAUAUAUAAAAUAUUUCAAGGCAGUUAGCACUAGAAGCUUUGACAUAAUCAUAUACAAACAAAUAAAAUAUUUCAUUAGUGUACAGACAUUACAAAACAGUACCAAAAUAGUUAAUAAAAUAAAAUAAAGUUUAAGAAAAAGGUUAUACUAAAAAUGAAAGAGGUGAAUAGCUAAGCAUAAAUGCAAAUAUAAAGAAUAAUGCAAGAUUUAUUCAACUGAGUGUUUUGUCAGGGGGAUGGACCUAAUUAAUAUGUGCAGAAUUAAAGCAUUUAUUUUUGGAAAUUCACACGGAAUGUUACUUUCUUUAUAUAUGUGAUGAUAACUUAGUUCAUUAGAUAAUUUGAUAUUAGAUGAGUGCUUGAUUAGGGAAGACACUAGUUAUUUUUCAAGUAUGGCCAGAGUGUAGAAAGAUGGAAUUUAGCUCAUAAUAGAAGAUUUUGUAGAGAAGUUGAAAAUUUUAAGAAUUUCAGAAUCACUUGUUUAAGCAUAUCUUUAUUACCUUACCUUUUUAUUGUUCUAUUAAGACAUGUCUUAUGCCAUGGCAUAGCACAAUGGGGACAAUCUGCACCUGUAAUUUUAAUUGUGACAUACUACAUUUUUAAUAAUGAAUGGAAGUAGCCAAGUGAAGAGACGUCUUUUUUGAAAGCAAGCCUGGGUGGCAAAAAGAGGAUGUGCAAUAGUUGCAGUUGUAUUUACGAGUUUGGAAAGUCCGAGUUCUAUAUAGCAACUGGGCAAAAGUUUGCAGCAGUGCAGAGAAAUUGCAGGGAAAGAGUGAGGUCAGUGACACAGUAUAGAUGUGCUAAAGGGGGCUGCAUUAGGAGAGGACUUAAAAAAGCUACUGCCAAUUUGUUUCAGCUAAAUUUAAUUUUUUAAUAAAUUUCAAGCAUAUUUUUAUAUCUUAAGUAUAUAUAAACAGGCAUAUACUAAUAGUGGGCUGUAGCUGUUUAUAGGCAUUGGUCACUACUAAGGCUGGAAGCAAAGAUAAUUUUAUUAUGAAGGCAUAGAGUAGAUAGAAUUCAUCUGCUCGCUAAUUACCUUGAUCCAGCAAUGCAAUUUGUUGACAGUCAACCUGACAUUUGGCUGGCGUCAUCAAGAAUCUCGUAGUCUAGAACACUUUCAAAGCUUGCAAGGUUAUUUUUGCGAGAGGUGUUAUCAAAGAACUUGAACAAUGGAGAUAAUUGACUGAAUGGAUCUUCAAGUCUGCAUGAAUACUGCUCUAUCUGACAUAAAAGGAAGUUCUAGAAUGUCUGGUCAUUCAGAACGGUCAUUUUCCAUGUCUACUAGUGGUAGUAGUUCACCUUUACCUUCACCUAUUCCAAAAUACUAUGGUGGAAAUACUGCUGUAGCCAAGCGAUCCAAAUUUUUGCGCAGAUUGAUCUAUUUCAAGCAUAUGGAUUUUGAAUUUGCUUUGUGGCAAAUGUUUAGUCUUUUUGUUGCACCACAGAAAGUGUAUAGAAACUUCCAAUAUAGAAAACAAACAAAAAAUCAGUUUGCCAGAGAUGAUCCUGCUUUUUUGGUACUUCUUAGUUUUUGUCUAAUUGUUUCUUCUGUUGGUUUUGCUGUUGUUCUUCACUUCCAGUUUCUUCAUUUUAUUAAAUUUUUGCUAUGGGUGAUUUUUAUUGAUUGCAUUGGAGUUGGACUAUUGAUAUCAUCAUGUCUUUGGUUCGUAACAAAUAAAUAUUUAAGGAAACCCACUUGUAAAGACCAAGAUGUUGAAUGGGCUUAUGCAUUUGAUGUGCAUCUCAAUGCCUUUUUUCCUCUUUUUGUAAUUUUGCACAUAUUUCAACUUUUCUUUUAUCACAUUCUCAUCAGUCAUGAUUGGUUUAUAUCCAGAUUUGUUGGAAACACAUUAUGGCUGAUUGCUUUGGGAUAUUACAUAUAUAUUACAUUUCUAGGUUACAGUGCAUUACCCAUCCUGGAAAAUACUCAAGUAUUGCUUCAUCCUCUUCUUGCUUUAGUUCUGCUGUAUAUUAUAUUUUUGAUUGGAGGAUAUAAUAUAUGUCUUCAUGUCAUGAACUUUUAUGAAUAUCGUGUUUUAUGAUUUUGUAUUGAAAUUAAAGUCAGAUCAAAUUAUAAUGUAAAUACAUUUAUUUCAUCACUAAUCUUUUUUGUUUGUUAUUUAAUAUUUAUACUUAUUUUCAUGACCUUAGAGGUACAAGAACUUUUUCUGAAGAGGUAAAUUUAAAGUAUUGUAUGAAUAAAAAUUUAGAAACCAUCUUUUAAAGAAAAUGUCCAGAAGAUCUAUUUAAGGUUAGGUUUAUUAAGACUGCAAUUAUGAAGAUUUUAUUAAAUAAAUGUAUAUUAUAUUUUUUUAUUUACUUUUCCCCAAAAUAUUAGUGAUUCUAGUAAUUUUUAUGUAUGGAUGUGUGAUCUGAUGAGUAAAUUGGUGUCUGAGUAAAAUUUUAAUGCUUUGUUACUUUCAUUUCACAUGUGUCUUAAAUAUGAGUUCCUUUUUAGGUGCUACUUGUGAUAAAUAUUAUGUAUCAAUUAUAAAUUUUUAUACCAUAAAAUUAUUUUGGAUUCUGUUAAAAUUUACGUAUACUAUUUGCUAAUGUAGCAACUUCUAAAUGAGUUAAACCAAAUCUGCCAUCUGAUAUGCAGCAUUGAUGUAAACUAUCUUGUUGAUUUUUAUUUAUAAAGGAAUCAGGUAUUUUUUCAGA